GGCAGUGGAGGAGCACCGGGUGACGCUGCUGCCGGCGGUGCCGCCGAUGGUGGUGCAGCUGGCGAGGUCGUGCGGCGUGGCGCGAGCCAAUUACGAUCUGCGCUCGCUCAGGGAGGUGAUCUGCUCCGGCGCGCCGCUCGGGAGGGACCACAUGGAGCGCUUCGCCGACGCAUACCCCGGCAUAACCCUCUCUCAGCGGAGUGGAGCCCGUUCGAAGAGAUGGUUUUGGAGCUUGCUCUCCUGGCAAAUCCAGAGGGAACGUCAGAUCGAUGGUCUCGGAUCAGUGCCAAUUUUUCAAGAAAAAGUCCGGAACAAAUACUGUACCAUCAUUAUCAGAUUCUGAAAGAUGACUUGCAGAAAAAAGAAGGUGGCAAUUUCGGUGAUGGAUGUAGUAUGGGUAUGGCACCGGAGCAACGCCCACCGAAAGGUCAGAACACCUCUUUUGGGUCAGGACGCCGCGGUCUGGAGAGGAGGAAGGCUAAGCCAUGGACGGAGGAGGAACAUCGGUUAUUUUUACAAGGACUUGCAACUUAUGGGAAGGGGGAUUGGAAGAGCAUAUCUCGACAUGCAGUGGUGACGAAGACGCCAGUGCAAGUGGCCAGUCAUGCACAGAAGUUCUUCAUCCGCCAAAAACAAGACAUGGAACGCAAGAGAAAGAGCAUCCACGAUGUCACCAAUCCUUAGAUCUUCUUCUAUGAUGCAUCUCAGAUAAUUUGCCAUAUUAGCGUGCAGCUGUUUAAUUUCUUCUUUCUUUAUCAGACAUUACAAAGCCUUAGUAGUAAUUAUGUUUGGUGUUAUGAAAAUUCAGUUAGACUUUGAGUUCUUCUGACUCUCAAUGC